AUGAUCUUCGACGUGGGCAUGCAGAUCAGUGUGACGAGAUUGCCAGCAGACAAGCGGUACGAUCGAUCGCUAGUUGGUGCCUCGGUGGUGCGCCUGGACGCGCGAGAUCCGGAGGCGCGCGUCGGUGCCGGUGGUGCUCACGGGGACGGACCUGGCGCAGCAGGCUUCUUCUGGGUAACCGUUGUUCUUGCUGUGUUCGAGUUUCAGGGGCUCCUGUAUUGGCCUCAAUGCACGGAGGCUGUGGAAAGAUGGAACUUCGACUAUUUGGAGAGAUACCUCGCCGACGUGGACAACUUCUUCGUUCUUUGCGCACCCGUGGGGUUGCAGAGAUUCUCAACACCUCGCCCUCACAUCUUUGGGUCUAUGAACGAAUGUCCUUCAGCCGUGCCUGCGGAGGCACCCACGAACGAGCGGAGGGAAAUGCGCUUCCCCAACUUCCGGCAGAAGGUGCCUAGGUCCCACAUGCAAGGGCUUGUGCAAUGGCUCGAAGCACCGGAGACCUGCGACAGCGACCAAAGCACCGUCGACGUCGCCUGGUCUCUUCUUCGAAGAGCCUGGAAACACCGGAAGGAUGGGAACGACCUCCUCUCGGAGAAGCCGGGAACAGCCCAAGAGCAGUACUCCCUCGGGGUCAGCUGCGUUGCCAAAGCUGCCGGGCUCGCGGCCUUAGAGGGACUGCAAACUACAGACCCCUUCGAGUAUCGAGACUUUCUGAACGCCUCGAAGCUGGUUGAAGGAGUCACAGAAGUCCACAUCGGUGUUGGCGCCUUGCAUCGCAAUCUCAGCCUCCUAAUGCAUCAGCAGGGAGACUACGAAGCUUCCGUGCGGCAUGCCGACGCCUCCCUGAAAGCAGAGCCAGGGCAUUUGAAGUCGAAGUAUCGCCGCGCAGCUGCCUUGCUACACCUGAGACGCUAUGGCGAAGCAGAGGCCGACUUGCAGGAGAUCCUGGCGCAAGACCCACGAAACAGCGACGCCCGGCGGCUCCUUCGCAGUGCCUGUGACCGGGCGCCUUCUCCGCCUCCUCGGCCUUCGGCGACGUCGAAGAUCGACUCAGAGGUGCUCCGAGAGCCUUUGCAGGUACCAGAUGCCGGGCCGACGUGUGGCUGCCCGGUAUGCCAGCUCUGGAAAGAAACAAUGUCCGCGGGCGAUACUGCCGUGGAGUUCUUGAGGACAUCUGCAGAAAAGGUGACCGUGCUGCUCGCGAGACGGGAUGCGGAGGGUCGCACUGCUCUACAUCUGGCGGUGAUGGCACCCGAGGAUCGGGCGAGUGAUCCUCCUGCGACACCAUCUGCCGGAAGGUGUCAGGGACUUGUGGAGGCUUUGCUGGAGAAGGGAGCCGAGGUGGAGCUGACCGAUGUGGACGAAAGGACCCCUCUACAUCUGGCUGCAAGAGACGGCCGAACACAGGCCGUGAGCUUGCUCCUGGAUGCAGGCAGCGAGGUGGACGCAUUGGACCGCUUCGGACGCACCCCGCUCUACUACGCAGCUCAAGGAAACCACCGCGACGUCGUGGCACUUCUCGUAGAUCGCGGGCACGCAGAUCAAAGCAUCCUUUUCCACGCCCUGAAGGAGAAGUUCGGCACGCACAACUUCGUGUUGCAAGACUGGCCGGAAUACAACGGCCGCUGGAUGUCGUCCCGAGCUUAG